CAGUAGGAGCAAACAUGGCGCACGCGAUGGAGCAGGUUAGGAGAUUUUUUGCUCCAUUUUUAGCGAAAAGCAACAUUUCUAGAAGAAUAUGCAUUCAACAUAUAAGAGAGUUGUCUACAUCACACCUUCUGUACAGAUGUCUAAGCCACCAGACAUCCGUCAAGUCAGCGUCUCCCCCUCAGACCUCAUAUGGCCAGCCCUUCAACUGCACACACCCUCACCUGAUGAAGGAGGGAGAGGUGACGCCGGGUCUGACGGCUGACGAGUUCGCCGACCGUCGGCGGCGUCUGAUGGAGCUGCUGGCCCGCCAGGCGCCGCAGCAGCAGCCUCCUCAGCACCAGGUGGUGAUUGUGCCGGCGGCGCGCGUCAGUCACCUCUCGGAGGACAUCCCGCACCCGUUCCGGCAGGCCACCGACCUGCUCUACCUGAGCGGCUGUCAGGAGCCGGAGGCGGUGCUGGUACUGCACUCAGAGCCGGGCCGGCCGCUGCCCGAGCAUACCGCCACGCUGUUCGUACAGCGGAACACCGCACACCGUCAGCUGUGGGAGGGCGGCUGCACGGGCCCGGCCGCCGCGCCCGCCAUGCUGGGCGUGGACCGGGCGGCCGGCACUGCCGAGCUCGGCCGCUACCUCGAGUGUCUGGCCGCCGACUGGGCGGGCACCGGCACGGCGGCCGUCUGGUUCGACUUCUCUGCAGUGGAUGUGCACGGACCGCUAAGUGGUACCGUGAGGGAUCUGGUGACCUCACUCCGCGGGGCGGCCCUAGAGUCGCCACGCCGUGCCAUCCAGAGUCUCCGCCUGGUGAAAUCCCCAGCCGAACAGCGACUGAUGCGGAAGGCUGCCCGCUGCGCCUCCGCCGCCAUACGGGACGCCAUGGCGGCCUCCCGUCCGGGGGUAUCCGAACACGAACUGUACGCCCGCGUGGAGUUCGGGGCGCGGAUGCGCGGUGCUGAGCGGCUGGCGUAUCCGCCGGUGGUGGCUGGUGGUGAUCGCACCAACGUGAUCCACUACACCAACAACAACCGGACGGUGGACGACGGCCAGCUGGUGCUCAUGGACGCAGGCUGUGAGCUGCACGGCUACUGUAGCGACAUUACCCGGACGUGGCCGGUGAGCGGCGUCUUCUCCCGCCAGCAGAAGGUGCUCUACAACACCCUGCUGGAGGUACAGGAGGCGCUCAUUGACGUGGUGCGGACGUCACGGCCCUCGCUGGACGGCCUUUACGGUCACAUGUUCCGGAUGCUCUCUGAGCGUCUGGCAGACCUCGGCUUGGUCGGCUUCAACCGCGAGAAGGGACAGCUCUUCAGGAUCAACCAGGCCCUCAUCAGGCUGGGUGUGACCCACCGGGUGUUCGAGGAGUCGGUGCAGCGGUUCUGCCCGCACCACGUCGGCCACUACCUGGGGAUGGACGUUCACGACACGGGUCUGAUCCCCAAAAACCUGCCGCUCCAGCCGGGCAUGGUCAUCACCGUCGAGCCAGGUCUGUACAUCCCGGCGGCCGACACGAGCAGUCCGGAGGAGUUCCGCGGCAUGGGCUUCCGCAUCGAGGACGACAUCCUCAUCACGGAGACGGGCUGCGAGGUGCUCUCCGAGGAGUGUCCCAAGACGGUGGACGCCAUCCAGCGCGCCGUGGGCGGCCCCUCACCAACCGACUUUUCAGCGGUAUAGCCAGCCGGCCACUACCUCUCCUUGGUUAGUCGACUAUGGAGGCGCGAACGUGAGCUAGGUGGCAGAAAGAAGAGCGGACAGAAUAGGUCCGUCCGAGAUCGACCCGCCGCUCCCACAUCUCAGGAUGAACGAGGCGUGUUUGGUUAUGCGUGUUUGGUGCGUGUUUGGCUAUCCGUGUUUGGUGCGUGUUUGGUCAUGCGUGCGAGUGUGCGUUUUACCACAGGCUGUGGCAGUGCCGUUUGUAUACAUAGUUCUAUUUUGAUUGACUGUGAAAGUGGGGUCAAUGUAUCUACGCUUGCUUUGUAUGUGAUUGUGGAUGUGUUUUGAUACGACAGUUUAGGAGUCUCUCGGUAUUGUAAAAGCGCAUAACCUGAACCCGGUUUUCUUCCCCAGUGGACUGUAAGUGUUCAGUCUUGUUACCUCUAAAGCCUUGGACAAAUAUAGGCAAAAACAACUUUGUACUUACCACCCUAGGAUCGUACACAACCUGUGUGCCAUGCAACCGAACCCGGCUGUGCCCGAAUGCUUGCCCGUUUCGACAUAUUUUGAUUAUUAUAGGUGCCAAUAUGCGCCAGUCACUUGGUGUGGUAAAUGAGGGUAUCGGUUAGCUGUGUAUUUUGUGUGAGCCUCGUAUCGGAUAAGGGUAAAAUGGAAAUGCACGUGACGAUG